AGGAUGAUAUAUCAUGCAUUUGAUAUAAAUGCAAGUAUCUAGUUUUGUUCAGCGUUCAUUUUUGCAUGGACUGACAUUUAAAAGAAAAUUUUUUUGCGCAUUUUCUCGAUUUUGUAAAAAUUUCAAUAGCUGAAACCUGAGACUUUGAAACGUUUUGAAAAUACAUUCCCUGUUAAUGAUCCGCUUGAACUUUCUCAAACCCCUACAUUUGUUUAGAAUUUAAUUCUCUAUUUAAUGGCGUUUGAACGAAGUUUCUAUGAUUCAUCGUUGAGGAGUUAUUUGAAAUUUAAAAAAGUGGAAAAUUUAAACUUUAAAUGAAAAACAAAUACUGACAUAUUCAUCAAUAUGAUUCAGUUAUGUGCCUAAAUCAAGAUAAUUGUUCAUUUAAGUGUCUAAUAAUAUUUUAAUUUCUUCUAAUCAAUUGCACUACGUAGAAAUUUAAAUAAAAGCGGAACUGGAAAAAAUAACAUAAAACAUAGAGCGAUUUCUGAUUAGUUAAUCUCGCCAGGAUAAUAUAUAAUGAAAAAACCCAUAACAACUCGUCAUUGAAUCUUAAUGCGCGUUCUUUUGUUCAUGCCCGGAACGUUUCUUGACUUCUGCUUUCUUCAGAUCAGAGCAUGGUUCAUGUAAUAUUUUUUCUUUUAUUACGAAAUUUUAAAAUACUUUUAUUCUACUUGUACUUUAUGUAUAGUUCCGUUUUUCUAUGUAUUGCAAGGUCAGUGAACUUCGGAAGAACAUAGUUAGAAGGACGAGGCAAACAGUCCGAUCAAAAAUUCUGACGCGAACUAUUCUCGUUUCGGAAAGCUGAAAAUUGUACACGUUCGGUAUGAAAUCAGAAAUUCCUUUUUUUACAGUAUCUGCCGAAAAACUAAAAUAGUUGUACUUCUUGCUCAGACCGAUAGUUUCUAUCUAAGAAAACUUCAUCAUCAACUUCAAAUCAUGUCCCAAGAUGUCGUUCUAUGUCGUGACAGUACUUGCCAAUACACUAAUUUCCAAAUUUCAUCUGCUAAACUUCACCCCUCAAGUAUAAAAAUUGAACUUAUAUGCGACCAGUAUUUUUAUCGUUUCAAUGUGUAUGUGAACUGAAUAGUAUCUUAUUUGAAUCCUUAGUAAAACAAGCAUCUUUUUUUGAGAAAUUACAGGUUGAAGUUAUAAAAAUACUGGUCGCAUAUAAGUGUACAGAGGAUUCUAGUGCUUAUUUCCUAGUGGGAGGUUUGACAUCAAUUACGUUUGUUAAUUUUUAGAUUCUGAAUCGAAUGUUAUCAUGUCAAGUUUUCAAGGGGGAAAAACCAUACUUCUGUACUCCUGGAGUACGCAGAAGUACGGAAGUACCAUCAAGUACCAAGAAGUACCGUGAAGUACCGAGAAAUACUAAGAGGUAUCAAAGGCUUUAAAGUCUUCACUUAGUGAUCAAUAUCUUUAUUCAAAUGGAUCAGAUUAAGAAAAAGACACAGAGAAGCAAGCAUUGUUAUUGAUAGAUGUUCUUGUUUGUGCAAAUAUAUUGCUAAUUAUUUUGUUGUUACCGAUCCCAUGUUAGCGCGAAAUAUUUUUCGCUUUUGUUGUGGCAGAUUGUUCUUUUGUUUCCCAAUCAAUUUUUAUAAUUUCUUCUACUGUCGUUCGGUCUGAGAUAUCGUUGUUCUUUCUUCGCUGUAAAAUCGAAAUUAGAAGAGCAAUCAACGUUGUUUUCUCUUCAGCCUUACUACUACAAAAUAAAACGAGUGAGAAGAAAGAGCAUCGAUAGAUUACUUUUGCCAAUAUUUCGAUCAUGAUUUUUUAAAUCUAAGAUGAAAACCUGUAACAAAGAUUCGAUUGAUGAAUUAGUUCUCAUUAAUUCUUGCACCAAAGAAGUACGAAGAAAUACGAAAAAGUACGAGAAGUAUGAGAAGUACGGAAGUAUGCUUUUUUCCCCUUGCAAGUUUUACGCAGCCUGACGAACAACAAGGACGUCAGCAAACUAUAUCAAGUUUUUCACAAUUCGAUCUACGUUAACGACGUCGACAAAUAAUUGACCGUGAAGAUAUAAAUCCAGGUAAUCGUAAAAUACAGUUUCUAACUUUAACCUUGCAGCUAAAUGAUGCUCUUCUUUAGUAGGCUCGCAAAGUUCAUUUCAAGCAAGACGAAGUCGUGGUGGUUGUCGAACAAAUACAUCAACAAAAUUAGCUGCAUCAACUGUACGUUCCAAAGUUGAAGAUGAAAAAUGCGAAAUCAUAAUUAAUGGAAGAGACAUGAAAAUAGCAAAACCUGGAAAUUUGUACACGGGCACAGCACGAAACAUAGUCCAUGCUGCUUAUGGUCUAGAUGGUACUGGUUUCCAUCUGAAGGACUAUGAGUUCGACACUUUGCUGCAGAAAAAGAGUAUGGGAUUUCGGAAUACAACAGCUUACGCAGUCAGUGAAACAGGUGGCAAGUUUGCUCUCUACAAUUUUGAACGUCGACAACCAGCUGCAGAUGAUGUCUUAGUUCGUAUACAUUACUGUGGUAUUUGUCAUACAGAUAUACAUGUUGUUAACAAUGAUUUUGGUAUGAGUCAGUAUCCAGUGGUUCCAGGUCAUGAAAUUGUUGGUGUCGUUGAAAAAGUUGGUGAUAAAGUAAAAAAAUUUAAAGUUGGGGAUUUAGUUGGAAUUGGUACACAAGUAGACAGUUGUAGACAAUGUAAACCUUGUAAUAAAGAUCUUGAACAGUAUUGUGAAAAAGGUUCAAGUCUGACCUAUGCAAGUACAGAACAGGAUAAAGUUACACGAACACAAGGUGGUUAUUCAAAUUUAAUUACAGUUAAAGAACAUUUUGUUUGUAAAGUACCAAAGAAUUUGAAACCAGAAGAAAUCGGUCCACUGAUGUGUGCUGGUAUUACAACAUAUUCGCCAUUGAAAAAACAUAACGUUGGAAAGGAUAGUAAAGUGGCAAUCGUCGGUCUUGGUGGUCUCGGUCAUAUGGGUGUUAAAUUUGCUGUUGCUUUGGGUGCUGAUGUCACUGUCAUUUCAACAUCGGAAUCAAAACGUCAGGAUGCUCUGCGUAUGGGCGCAAAACAUUUUGUGAUCUCAAAAGAUCCCGAACAAUUUGAAUCUGUUCAGAAUACAUUCAACCUGAUCUUGGAUACAGUCUCUGCUGAACAUGAUGUCGGAGCCUUGCUUAACCUAUUGGCAUUCGAAGGUGUCUACUGUAUUGUGGGUAUUCCUGCAAAACCAUUGGAAAUUCCUGUAUUCGCCUUACUUAAGAAACCAUUAGUUGUUUGUGGAAGUGGUGUCGGUGGUAUGAAGGAGACACAGGAGAUGUUAGAUUUUUGUGGACAGAAACAGAUUACAUGUGAGGUCGAACUGAUUUCACCGGCAACACCAGAGAUCUUGGCUAAAGCUUAUGAACGUACAUUGAAAGCAGACGUUAAAUACCGGUUUGUUAUCGACUGUCAAAAGACAUUUGCAGAAGCUUCAUAA